AUGGCCAGCUUUCCUUCGCCACUGUGGGUGCGGCGCUACGUGCUCAACUUCAAUGCCAUGGCGCUGGUGCUGCUCGCGGUGCAGAACGCCGGUUUUAUAAUCUUGAUGGGAUACAUUCAGCAGCGGAUUGCAGCUUCUAAUCGGGAGGCAGCACACGCAGGGAUGAGGCCGCUAAAAGCAUUUGCCGGGUCUCAUUUCAUGGCCACCGGCGAGAUCCUAAAGCUCGUCAUCUCCAUUGCCUGGUGCAGCGUUCAUGUCCUGCUCGAGAUGCAGAAAGACGCCGAGUCACCACCGCUCCUCCAUGGCAGCAGCGACGGUACGAGCAAGGCAGCCAAGUCGUCUGAAGCGAGCAUCUUCCUCAUACGUGAUGAAGACGCGUCUGUCAGCUCGUCCUUAGAGAACUGGUCAUCAUCUCAAGGGCCCACGCCAAUCUACGUCAGUGGUUGUGAGACACUGCAGGCGAGCAAGAAGCUAACGAAGGAUCUGGAAGUGGCGUUAGGGGGGGCUGCUGAACCAACGGCAACUACGGUCCCGCUGCGGGUUCUGUUUGCCCGAAGGAGGUUCGCCGGUGUAUUUCUGAGCCGCAUGCGCCAUGCCAUCGGGCUGGACCACAAGUACAAGGAGACACUGCUCAUGAUUGUGCCCGCCAUCGUCUACGCUAUCCAGGGGCUGCUGCUCAUCUACUCCCUGAAGCUGUUGGACCCGACCGUGUUUCAGGUCCUGUACCAGGUGCGCAUCCUCUUCCUGGCGGUGAUGAUGCGGGUCGUGCUGGACUUCCGUCUCUCGCCGAUCCGGUGGGGCGCGCUGGUGGCGCUGAUGUUUGGCAUCACGCUGGCACAGAUGGGUGCGCAGAGCGCGCGAGCGGAUAUAACAACCAGUAAGGCAGACGACGCUGCACGAUCAGAGAUGGAGAACGCUGCGGCGACCGAAAAGACCUCCAGCACGUGGUCAAUGGAGGGUACGCUGGCUGCGCUCGCUGGCGGCUUCCUGAGCGCGUUCUCCGGUGUAUUCAUGGAGUUCGUGGUGAAGAAGCGCGGCAGCCAGUUUCACCUGUCGGCGCGCAACACCCAUCUCGCGUUCUUCUCCGUCGUGUACUUCUUCAUUGUGUUCCUGUGCGAGAUCUUUCAGCCGGAAGAGGGGGCGGGCGGGGUUGAUGAGUUCGCAAGCACGUUCUUCGACGGCUUCACCGGGCUGGUGUGGUUCCUGGUGGUGCUGCAGGCAAUUGGCGGGAUUCUUGUGGCUCUGGUGGUGCGCUACUGCGACAACAUCGUCAAGUCGUUCUCGACGGCGUUCGCGAUUGUGCUGAGCGGCACGGCGUCCGUGUAUCUGUUCCACACGCCGCUGAACGGGUCGUUUCUGAUGGGCUCCCUCCUUGUGCUCACCUCCAUCACCAUGUACACUAUGAGUGAGUGA